AUGACUGAAGCAAAAUAUAACGAGUUAAUGAAUUUGUAUCAAGAUUUUUAUGAUACUUGCUGUGCAGUAUAUAAGCUUCAUACAUUCAAUGAAGUCGAAAUCAACAAAAUUUAUUUUGAUAUCAGAAAUACAAUAGUUGAAACCAAAAUCAUGUCUCCAUAUCAAACAUUAACAAUGAUUCACUUAGCUCUUACUUAUAAUGUCAAGUAUUUCAAAUCAUACAAGGCAAUUUUCAAAAAAGUUUAUGACGAAUAUCAUCCAAAUCUCAUGCAUCGAUAUUCUAUUAAAUUUCCAUCCAUAUUGUGGCAGGAUCUUUCAGAUGAACAUGGAAUUUUAUUAUCAGAGAGGUUCAGUUCUGAAAUCGAAAAAAUGAUUCUAAAGAUUAUUCACUAG